AUGUAUAGACCCGCAUUUCGUCAGUUGGGGCAAACGGCUGUACGAAGGAAUCACCGGGUGCUUAGCAAAUUAUACGAACCCGCAGUCCGAUGGCAAGCCCUGGAGUAUUCUUCACUGCGUAACGGCCGUCAGCUCGGUCCCCGAGGUCGCAUAUUGAACCAUGUCGAACGAAGCCGCAUUCCACCUCGUCCUACACAACUAUCGGAAGCGACGCCUGCAGCGUCUUCGGCAGCGUCUUCAAUCCCGACCGAAACUCCAAGCAAUGUGAUCAUCAAAGACGAUGACCGAUUGUCGGCUGAUCCCGCCCAUACACUUGUAGAAAUUCCGCAACGAGAAGGCCAAAUCAUCACACCGGAUUACCAUGGAGCCCCAGUCUUGUCUCAAUCCGCACUAGUGGUGGGAAGAGAAUUCGAAAUGAUGAAUAUCUUUUUGGGCUAUGAACAAGCCAACAAGUACAAGAUGAUGGAUCCUAACGGUAACUUGAUGGGCUACAUUGCGGAAGAAGAAGGAUUGGCCAAGGCACUGAGUCGACAGUUUCUGCGCACGCACCGUCCUUUCAAUGCCACCAUUAUGGACGUGCACGGCAAUGUCAUUUUCAAGAUUUCUCGGCCUUUUGCGUUUAUCAAUAGUCGCAUUUUUAUCCACACAUCCGAUGACCAGUUGAUUGGCGAAGUACAACAACGCUGGCAUCUACUUCGUAGAAAAUACGAUUUAUUUAUUGGCAAAACGCAAUUUGCCUCCAUUGAUACACCGUUCCUCGGUUGGGACUUUUACCUGCAAGACGAACAAGGCGGCUUGCUCGGCAACGUUAGCCGAAACUUUGUGGGGUUUGCGAGAGAGCUUUUCACGGAUACCGGUCAGUACGUUUUGCGAAUGGAUGCGGUAGAAGGCAAUGCUCGUGGUAUGACGCUGGAUGAGCGUGCGGUGACCCUGGCGUGUGCUAUUUCCAUUGAUUUCGAUUACUUCUCACGACACUCAUCGCAUGGUGGCGGCGGAUUCCUUCCCUUCCCAUUCUUUGGUUUUGGAGGAGGGGAAAGAGAAGGCGAAGCGGGAACACCGGAAGAUCAAGGUGCCCCUGGAGCUUCCAAUGAACCGUCUGCAGGUCCAUCAAAUGUCAAUAUCCCUCCCAACGAAUCACCCUCGCCGUUUAACGAACCACCGCGCGAUGACUAUGGCGACGGCUGGUUGAGCGAUGAAGAAGCUGGUGUCAGUAGCCCUUCAGACUCUGGCUUUUUCGAUUCACUUCAAGACUUUUUUGGAGAUGAUGACUGA